UUCUGUGCUAAGCUCCUGAGGGAAUAGCAGCCAUGGCUCAGGGGCUGAUGUGUGGAGUGGACCUGCUGGCCAGCACCGGCCAGUGUGUGUGGACUGUGGCCGAACAGGUGCUGAGGAGAUGCUACUCCCGGGGCCUGGAGCCCUGCAGGAGGUUCCUGCAGACGUGGUGCCACCUCGGGGACGUCUACCAGAUGACAGAGGGGCGACUCGGCCAGGUGCGUCUCUUGGAUGACAGGCAGCUGGAACUCUUGGUCCAGCCUAAGCUGUUGUCCCGUGACCUCUUGGAUUUGGUUGCUUCACAUUUCAACCUCAAAGAGAAGGAAUACUUUGGGAUAUCCUUCACUGAUGAGACGGGUCAAAGUAAUUGGCUUCAGCUGGACCGAAGAGUACUGGAGCAUAAUUUCUCCAAAAAGAGUGGCCCUUUGGAGCUGAAGUUCCUUGUGAGAUUUUACAUUGAGAAUGUAACAUUUCUGAAGGACACAACAACUGUGGAACUGUUCUUCCUGAAUGCCAAGUCCUGUGUCUUCAAUGAACUUAUUGAAUUGGAGAGUGGUCGUGUAUUCAAAUUAGCGGCAUAUGCGCUGCAGGAGGCGAAUGGGGACUACACAAGUGAUGAACGCACACGAGAGGACUUGAAGAAGCUUCCCACCCUACCAUCCAAAGUGUUGACGGAACACCCUUCUCUGGCAUACUGCGAGGACCGCGUUAUCGAGCACUACCAGAAGCUGAAAGGGCUCACCCGCGGACAAGCCAUCGUAAAGUACUUGGCGUCGGUGCAGUCCUUCCCCAACUAUGGAGUUCAUUAUUAUGAAGUGAAGGACAAGCAAGGCAUUCCCUGGUGGCUGGGGGUGAGCUACAAAGGCAUUGGCCAAUACGACCAGCAGGACAAGUUGAAACCGCGAAAGUUGUUCCAGUGGAAGCAGCUGGAGAACCUGUACUUCCGUGAGAAGAAGUUUGCGGUCGAGGUCAACGAUCCCCACAGGAGGGAGGUGUCCAAGCGCACAUUCGGGCAGAGCGGACUGGUCAUCCACUCUUGGUAUGCCAGCCACACUCUGAUUAAGACCAUCUGGGUGAUGGCCAUCAGUCAGCACCAGUUCUAUCUGGACAGGAAGCAAAGCAAAGCCAAAUUAACCACAGGCAGAAGCCUGGGUGAUAUCGCCAUGGAUCUGACGGAGAUCGGAGCGCCCAGAAUCACUAAACUGGUCAAUAUGGAGAGCAAAGAUCAGCUCAUCAUGGCUAGCAAUGGAAGCCUGAUCUCGACAGACUCGGAUGCAAAUGAGGAUAGGAAACAAGAAAAGAUUGCUGACCUUAAGAAGAAAGAGAAGGAUCUUCAGGACAACCUGUCUCAAAAAUUGGACGAGCUCAAGAAGAUCUGCCUCAGAGAAGCCGAGCUGACAGGCAGGCUGCCAAAAGAAUAUCCACUGAAGUCAGGAGAAGUGGCUCCCACCAUCAGAAAACGAGUAGGGACCACUUUCAAACUGGACAAUCUCUUCCCUUACGAUAAGGACCCUCACAUUAGAAACCUGGAGAGCCGGUUUGCCCUGCAGCAGAAGAUUGUGGAGGCCGCACUGAAGCUGGCCAACGAAGGUGAGCUCUGCAAAACUGUGAAGAAGAAGAGGAAGAGAAACUGCCUGGACGCCAUGAGGAAGAUGCAGGAGAUCGAGGACGAGAUCAACGCCUACAGAAUAAAGACUGGGAAGACGCCUACUCAGAGGGCCUCCGUCAUCAUAGAUGAGGCCAACCCCUCGGACCUGAGCUCGCUCUCAGACAGCUUAACCCUGGACGACGAUGAGUCGCUGAUUGGCCAGAGACAGCGGUCCCGCUCGGUGCAGUACUCGGACCGACCCAUUCCCUCUGAGAGCCUAGGCGUCCAGUACUACACUGACAGACGAGCCUCUACUAACGACCAGCUACAGGAUGUCAACUUACACAGACUACCUUACGGCGAAGUCCAGGACUCGUUCCACCACCGGGAUGUUCACCGGGAUGUUGUGUCUGGCCACAGCAGCCCGUACAGGCCUGGCUCACGUCUGGCCCCCGACACUCGCAGCAUGCCUCCUACGCCGGUGCUGACCCGCAACGCCUACAGCAGCAACCAGCUUAGCUACGGCGACGCCCCGCGGCACUUCCGCCAGCGCAGCGGCAGCCUGGAGUCGCAGCAGGCCUUCCUGAUGGAGGGCGAGACGCACCAGCCCAACCCCCACGUGCUCGCCGUGCCGCGCCGCAGCACCAGCACCGAGAUCCUGGACGACGGCUCCUCCUACACCAGCCAGUCCAGCGUGGAGUACGGCACCGCCCCGGGCUACCACCACCACCACGGCGGCGGCGGUGGCACCAUCCACAUGCCCUGUGCCCGACGGCGCCAGCGCCGCGGCGCCAACAUCUACGCCAACUCUGGCAGCAUGCCCAAUCUGGCCCAGCAGGAUGCCUACCGCCCCCCGUCCCGGCCUACCACCACCGCCUACUACGUCACCGGAUACCCCUCCCAAGCCGACCCAGAGCCUUACUCCAACGGGGCCUACGCCUACGAGAACGAGACAGAGGGCCACUACAGCGUCAACACAUCGUCAUGCUACUACCAGCAGCAGCAGCAGCAGCAGCAUCAGCAGCAGCAGCAUCAGCAGCAUUAUCAGCAGCAGCAUCACCAGGCGACGGCCUACCACCCGCACGAGGCCUACCACAGCUACGCCAACGACGAGCUGGACAGCCUGUCGCAUCACAGCCUAUCGCAGCACAGCCUAUCGCAGAACAACCCCUACGCCACGCUGCGGCCGCCCAGGAACAACCGGCCGCCCUCACGCAACGAAAACAUCACCAAAAACAUACAGAAGGCCCUGGUGGCCGAGCACCUGCGCGGCUGGUACUCCCGCAACACGGGCCCCAAGCAGGUCGGUGCCUACGACUACGAGCGGGGCUCCCAGCACAGCCUGGGCUACCAAACCUUGUCCUCCACAUACGGCCGCAGCCAGCGGAACGCGUCCUACUCCUCGGUCUCCUCGGCUGCCAGCGCUGGAACCUGGCGCGGCCAUCACCUGUCGCCGGGCCUCGACGACUACGAGCUGCCCGUGCCCCUGGCCUCGCAGCAGUACGGCCCGGCCCACUACAUCCAGCCAGCCCACAACAGGUCAUACACGGAUGUGAACCAAAUGGACGAACACACAGGCAGCCAAAUGAACAGCAGUUUCGAUUCUGAGGAUCACGCACUGCACUGGCACGAGGACUCCAAACCUGGGACAAUAGUAUAGGGGAGCCCACCAUGCACCCAAGCUGCCUGAUCCACUCACUGGAUUUCUCCACGUGCCUUCAGAAUGAACUGCUUCUGUCUUUCUAUAGGCAAAGGGCUCCCAAAGAUUCAAAAAGCAACAGCCUCAAAGGAAUGUAACCAGAUAAGAACCUGAAGCUAUGUGCGAUCAACCAGUUUUUUUUUUUGUUGCGAGAUGUAGCCUCUUCAAAGAAAAAAAGAGUGAAGCUGAACUCCCCAUGGUGCGAUCUGCGUGUUCCAGGGUGAACUGUCAAUAUUUUUUUUGGGGUGGUGUUUGCGUGAUAAUGGCACUUGCAUACUUUUUUUGUGUGUGUGGACUUUUUGCACUUGCACAAGGCUGCUGUGACCUGUUGGGUUUAUCUGUGGGAUGUUAUUACCAGGAUAAUGACUGCAUCGCUCCCACACAGUAAGCCCCAGAGCAGCCCACAUUAACUAGGGAAGGAUUUCUAAGUCAUUGUAACAAUUAACGUUGUAAAUGAAGGAUUUAACACAACUGGACUUUGGAUUCUAAAGUGGUGCUGCUGUCUUGCAGUCAUCUCCACCUGAAAAAACGAAUCAGAUCAUACAAGAUCAUACCCUUAUACCCUGGAUGUCCUGAGCUACUGAACACGAAUCAUCUCAGUCCUUUUUUUUGGAGGAAAUACUUGUUUGUUGACACUGCUCGUGGCCAUGCAUGAGGCAGUUUGUUCAAAGCGCUUCCCCCUCAUGAACUCAUCACCCAUGGUGGGGCUCCAUCUGGCCCAAGUGGCAGCCUGGCUGCGACUCCUCACAAUACUGGAAGUAACAAACACCCCCCUCAGUAGAAUCUGUACAGUCGACCGUCGCUUUAGUAUUCAUACUCCCAUUUUCAGUGUUUGUGACCUUUUGGCCACCCGUAGUCUUACAGAGUCCAGUCUUUAAGUAUGAAUCACCGGGCCUGCAUUUCUAUUGGUUUUGAAGUGAAUUAACCAUCUUCUUAUUUAGUACCAUCCCAAUGAUCGUGUUCACUGUAAUGGUAAUAUUACACAUAGUAAUGACCCCCCCCCCCAACCACUCUGAGAAUGCCUACUGUCUCCCAUGCUGGAAUCCAUGGUCUGGUGCUCUUUUAUUUCCCUCCUACCUAACAGGGGAAAUCUGUAUGUAUAUGUUGAUAAUGUAAAAAGAAUUUACUACUUUUGUCUCCUUUUUUUCACAUUUUUUUUUAGAUUUUUUUUAAAUGUGUUUUAAGAAGCAUGUAAUAUAUAGCUAUCAAAUUUGUUAAGCUGGUUCUUAGUAAUUUGUAUCAUUUGAGAUGCAUUUGAAUAAAAACAAAGACUCACCAAGAAACGUAUGAGUGUUGCCUCCUAUUUAAAAGCAACAAACCGUAUGUUUGCAUUUAGAAUAUUAGCAAAAGGUUUUUAGUGUAAUACUGGCUUAAUGUCAGCAGAGAAUUCCAGUAAAACCUCCACUCUAAUUGUGGAAAA